GCUAGGGGCGACUGACAACAGACAGCGGUUGAGAUAGUAUUUGGCAAACUGGAGAAAGAAACAACUGAUAUCAGCUGAUAAUAACGACAUUUAUUGAACACGUAUCACUUUGAAUCAGUCUUUUGUGACUUUGCCGGCUCAGUCAAACAGUAAGAGAAAAUGGCGGCCGUUAUUAAUACAGUUUUAUCAGAGAUCGGCUGGGAUGAGCGGUUUGCUAUCCCUGAACCUAACGCUGAAAACAAGGCUUUGAUUGAAGAGAUUCGUAAAAAAGAAAUGGAGUUGGUGCGACUGGACAACAAACUUGAGAGACACAGGGAACAAAAGCAGACAUUAACCGAAUUCUUUAAGAAUGUUAAACAAGAGCUGGACAGUACUGAGGCUCUGCUUAAAGCAAAGGAAAGAGAAGAAGAGUUUGAGAAACACCUCAACGCCCUCGCAGAGAGGGAGACAGGUCACCUGACACAGGAAGUUGCAAAGAUGGAGAGUGACAAUCGAUCUUUAGCAGAGAGGAAGAACAUGCUAGAGAAUCAUGUCUUCAAGGCCAAACAGAAGCUAGAGGACUUUAGGAACCAGAUGGACUGGGACCAGCAGACCUUGGACGCCUUUUUAGAGGAGUCGGCACGCAAAGAUGAGGACACAAUGGCCAUCAUCAAGUACGCCCAGCAAGACGAGCAGAGGAUAAAGUCACUCACUCUGGCUAUAGAGAAGAAGACACUGGAGGCCAGUGACAAGCGCAAAGCCCUUGACAAAGAAUUGACUGAGACUAUAUCUACACGGAUUGCUUUGGAUAAAACGACAGAGAAUUUGCAGCAGGCCCACCAGGAGACACAGCAGCUCAUCCACCAGUGGGAAAACACCAUCAAGCAGAUGAAGCAGAGAGAUGCUGAGAUGCAGCAGUGUGCUCUGCAACUUGCCCAAGCCAACCAGAACAUCAGGGACAGGAACACCAGCAUUGCAAAGAGAAAGCACUGGCUGGAAACUCAGAGGAACAACAAUAAGGAAACUGAGAGGAACCUAACCAUGGCCACCCGACAGGCUGUAAAGCUGCGGCAGGAUUUGAAGGAGCAGGAGAAUAACUGCAGCAGGCUGAAGGAUGAGCUGAAAAGUUGCAAAAGCAGAUUGGACGGAGCAACCUCCAGUGUGGAGUCUGCAUCGUCCCACAUAUCCAGGAUGAAGAAAGACAUCCAGGAUAACAAUGACAAACUCAUGAGGGCCAAGGCCUACAAUGCUGCGCUGGAGGAGAAGCUGAAAGAUGUGACUCAGACCGCCCUCAGUGAGGAGGAGAGGGCUGCACAGAUGGACCAACUCCUCAAGGAUGAGGAACGGGCAAUUAAGGAGUUGGAUGUCCAGCUGCGUGACUACAGGGAAGAGCUUUUUCGUGGUAAAGAACAUUUGCAGGCCCUCAAGACAAAGGAGAAGGAUUCUAUUGCUCUGGUCUCAAGGAGUAAAUCCACCAUCAACCAACUGGAGAGCCAGCUGAGAAAACAGGAGGAGGAAUUAAAAAGACAGCAGAUUAUCAUGAUGGAACAGGACACCCAGAUCAUCCACCUGGACAAAAAACUGGCACGGCUGCAAGGCGAAGUUCGCACCGAUGAAAAGCAAAUGUUGAACGUAAAGAUCGCUGAGCUGACCAAAACCCUAGAGGAGAAGAAGGAGACGGCCAACAAGCUGACCAGUGCGCUCAAGGAGGCUGAGGAUGAUAUUCGCUAUUUGAGGAAAGUGAUGGAGAAGUCAGACGCUCAAAAGAGAGAUCUGACCGACAAGGUGGAGGAGCUCAUGCUUCUCUGUAACACCAAUGAAAAGGAGCUGAAGAGACUCAGGCUCAAGAGACAGGACAACCUGGUGGAGCACAACGUCAUGAAGACAGAGGUCGAGCGUGUGAGGAGUCUGCUGUACAGCAAGGCGGACAGCGUGCUGUCUCUGGAGAAGAGGAGGCUGGAGUUGCAGGAAGCCAUGAAGGACAGGGAGGAGGAGGUCAAGGUCUAUAAAAAAAUGCUAAAUCAGCAGCUCAAGAUCAGUGAGCAGGACAGACAGAAACUCAGCGUCGAACUGAGUGAGAAACUGUCCAAGGUCGACAUGAUGAAGAAACGCUUCGAGAUUGAGAUGUUUUCAAUGGCAGCCCCUGAGGGGGAAGAGGAGAAAUCACAGGCUUACUACAUCACAAAGGCUGCACAAGAGAAAGAGGAGCUCAAGCGGAAGGGAGACGAUCUGGAUGCUAAGAUCCGCAAGACAGAGCUGGAAAACAGAGCUCUAGAGAACACCAUCCGUUUGUUUGACAGCAGUAACACAGCAUUUCGCACAUCCCUCAACAAAGUGAAUGAAUCCAGUCCAGAGCACCAAGAAAAGCUGAAGCUAGAAGAGCAGUUGAGGGCAGCUGAAGAGACGCUGAAGUAUAAAAAGAGACAAGUCCAAGAGCUCCAACAGGACUUACAGGACAUGAACAAUACCUUGGAGAGUCUGCUGCAAGACGAGCAGGUGGAGAAAGAUAAGAUACAGAGCAAACAGUCGCUCAUUGGUAAACUGAACAAAGAAAUCACUUCCCAGCAGGAGAAGGUUGACAGAGCCACAAAGCAGUGCUCUAAGCUGACCAAAGAGAUCCGCUCAGCACAGAACACCAAAACUGAGACAUUUGAGGAGAAGGACAUUAAGCUGAGGGAGUGGAAAGAAUUCAACAAGAGCAUCAACAAGAUGUUGAACGAGGCCAUGGAGGACAAACUCGACCUCAGAUCAGUGAUGGAGAAGUACUUCCUGCAGGCCAAUCUGUCUCUUCCAUCUCCGUCUUCCACUCCUGCCAGCGGUCGAAGCUCUAAGAGAAGCUCUGUGUGCAGCUCUGCCUCUCUCAGGUCAGACUUGAUCCAUUCUUCUCCAGAGAAGGCGAGAGUGGAGGUCUCCUGCGUCCUCAGCCAGCAGCAGCCCCAGGGCCUCCGUGUCACCUCACUCCCACGUGCUGAAGACAGUGGAAGUGGGCUUGGAUCUGGCCGUGACCUCCCCUCCUCUCACCACCUCCAGACACUCCAGCUCUGUGAGCAGCAGCAGCAGCAGCAGCAGAAAGUUAAAGAACCUGUAGUCAUGAAGGAUUUAUUAUCAAUCUUUAUUUACUGAUACGAGAGAAAGAGGAUUACAAUUACUCACAGAUGCACAGAGUAACUGUCUCAUCACAGGAUGAGAUGUGAUCAACUCUGAAAUGUGGUUUCAAAGUUCUAAAAAGAGCUUUACAAUGUGUGAUGUCAUUCUAGAAAGUCUGUUUAGUAUUAGUUUAGUUUAGUAUUAUUCUUAAGCCCACUUCAGAACAAAGAUUCACGGUGUGCUGGUAUCAGACAGUUGGUUGCUGCUGCUGCUCGCUGUAUGUGCCUCUGAAGUACAGACAGUUGUUUCAUAGGGAUGAUACACCAUCUCAUCUAGUUGAAUUGGUGUGAACCAGCAGGUUUUUAGAACGUUGCAGGAUGGAGCAUUGCAGGUAGUUGUUUCAACUCAUCUUGUCACAAUUCUUUGGUCUGAACUGGGCUUUAAAGGAAACAAUAUUCAGAGCAUAUUUAUGAUUGGAGUGGGACCUGAGAUUGGCCACAGCGGCGUUCUUUCUUUGUGGGUCGGCAUGGUGGCACUCACAGGGACUCUCAUGCAACUCAACAUGCGGGUGCGGCUGGACCAUCCACCACAAUGACAAACUGAGAAGCUCAGAUUACAACACACACAGAGGUGGACUGACUUCAUUCUCUGGUCAGGACCCCAUUACUCCUCUUUGUCUUCACAUAGCAAAUAGUUGUUAGCAGCUAUAUUAAUGUUCUGAAUAUCACAUACAGCUCCUUUAAAUUUGUUGUUUGUAGCCUUUGUUCAUUUCACUUUUGUAGGUAUUAUAUUUAUGAAAAAAUUAAUGUGGCCUAAAGGAAGACUUGAUUAUCGGAAUUUUCCUUUAAUUAAAAAAAGAAAAAUAAUUCUUGUUAUUUCUUUGCUGUUUUUUUUUGUCUUAAAAACAACUCAAGACAUCUCAAUAAAAAGUAGCUGAAAAGUCUGGGAGAACAUCAGAAUUUGCUUUUGGCUCAACUAAACCUUCUUUUUUUUUUGAUAACAAAAAUCCCUCUCUUAACCUUUUCUGACAUGCAUAAUCUUUUGAUAAUUUACAAGGUAUGAAAUUAUUUUGCUUUGUAGAAGAAGCAGUUAAAAAAACACCCUGCAUAAAGCAAAUCACAGCCUCAGGAAUUACGUGCUCGACAGCCUUAAAACGGUUCUUUCUCAUAUUUCGUCGCACAGAAAUGGUUUGCUUCGGCCUUUGUUACAUGCUUGAGUUGCUCCAGCCCAGACAAUUGUCUUUGACAUGUCAUGUUGUCAUUGCCACACCCUCUUCAUGGCACAGAACAAAAGUAGCCAGAGGCUCUGUGGGAAUACGGAGAACAUUUUCCCACUGCAGAUUUCACUCUUGUUUGGAAAUAAAGCUUCGACAUGCUGCUGCUGAUCCUGUUUGCUGGAUGUUUGGCCUCAUGUGCUGCGCAGACAACAUCCUUUCCCUCCCUUGUCACGGAGGCUCCUUUUUCAGAGCUAAUACAAGCAACAUCAGUCCAGCCAGCAUCUGAUCCAGCAGACAACGUUGUGGCAAUCCUGCUGACAGCUGUUCAGUCAUAUCAUGAGCUAAAUGAAACAACAGUUGGUCCAGUCCUGCACCAGCUCUACACCAUGAUCGAGCAGCUCAGACCAGAUCUGGACUUCAGUCUAUCAGUAAAGAACAUCACCAGAGUCUGAAACCUCAACAUAUAAGGUUUAUUUCUGUGUUUGCCAAGAUUUGAAAAAAAUGAGACUUUUGAAAAUAAUAUCCUCACUAACACUAUAUGGGCAAGGAGAAUCCUCGGUGGAGUUUUUAAUUUAUGUUUCUCCUUUCACUUUUUGGGAUGCCCCUAAAAAUGUGACAUGCUGCUCCACUUAGGACAAAGUGUGAGUCCUAACUAAGGUACAACACUUGCAUUUGCUUUGAUUCAUCAAAGAGAGGUACGUAAAUAAUGGAUAAUGUUGCCAUUAACCAUAGCCAAGUGUUUUUUGUUCCUAAACAUAACCACAUGUCAACCACUGUGUUUAUAACUGCUAUGUGCAAAUGUAAUGUAUCCAUCGCUUGCAGAAACAUACAAUACCAACAUUUAUUCUUGCAAUUGGGUUAACUAAUCUCCAAUGACACGUUGUCACUGAGUUGCUGUAAAAUGUAAAGAGGUGCAUGGAAAAAAUAAAUCAGUUGCCUCAUAA